AUGCACUUCCGCCAUUUUUCUUUCUCUUUCGCAAGCAAAAUGUCGAAACGUAAAGUGCAGUUUGCUGAUAAAGAGAGCGAGGAGAUUCUGGUAGAAUCUACCCCAGCAAGAAUCAAAGCGCACUCUCUGGACAGUGACGAAGAAGGUGAUGACAACGAUGGAGGCAAAGAUGAUGAGAAGUAUGUUUUGCGCGAGGAGGAUUUGGAAGGACAAGAGGACGCUACGAUCGAUUACGACGAAGGAAUCAAGAUAACGCCGUUUAAUUUAAAGGAAGAAAUGGAAGAGGGCCACUUCGACGCAGAGGGAAACUACUUUGAGAAAAAAGAGGAAGUUAUUCGAGAUGAAUGGCUAGAUUCGCUGGACUGGGUCAAAAUCAAAGAACAGGGUGACAAGCUUCAGAAUGUUAGUGAUGGUGAUAAUGGUAUCUUUGAAGAUGCCGACGAACCAAGUGAUCAUAUUCAAGCAAUAAAAGAUAUUAUAGAUAUGCUUUUGCCCGGUGAGACCGUCUUAAAAGCUCUCAGACGUCUCGGUGGAAAAGAAAGUGGUCGCAACUCGUCUGCAAGUGCACGUUGGCAACCAAAAUCGAAGAAGCCGAAGGCUACGGAGAACGAGGGUUCAACUUCCGAGGAAGACAAACAGAAACUUUUAAAACUCACGGAACUAGCAGAUCAACUGCUUCAGAAGGGUUACUUUGGUAUUUAUCAAGAUACACUUGAAAAAUUGGCUCACAAAGUCAAAACUAUGCAAGAAAAACAACAGGAAGCCGAGGAAGAUGAUGCUCUGGAGGCUGCUUUUAGACAAGGGGGAGGAGAGGAUGAGGACACAGUCAUGGAGACCGAGAGUUCUGAUGACAUCAAAGCAGAAUCAGCAAAUGAAGAUGAGGUUUAUUGGCAUUACAAAUGGGAAAAUACAAAAGAUGCUACUGUUUACGGACCAUAUUCAUCAACAUACAUGUUAAUUUGGAAUGAUCAAGGGUGUUUUGGCGAUGGAGUCUGGGUGCGAAAAGUUGGGGAAGACAGUGGACCAUUUUAUAAUUCAAAACGUAUUGACUUUGAGUUGUACACAUAGGGUCUAGUAGGCUUGUGUAUCUUUUUUGUAGAAUGUCAAUUUUAUUAAUUUUUAUGCUGAUGAUAUUGGGUAUUGAGGUUGAAGGUUAAACUGUCGCAUCUUGCCCAAAUCUUCAGCUGAUGUCUGUAGUAGUGAGGUUAUUAUUCAGUGUUACUUACAAAUUUUGCCAUGUUUAAAAUCUUAUUUAUGACCCAUGGUUAUGGUUGAGGUGUAGAUUGCACAGCUAUAUCCCUCAAGAAAGUUUCACCCUUCAACUCUUGGAAGUGAUUGACAGGUAGCUUCUCCUUAUAAUAUCCAUACAUUCUCUAGUAAACAGGUAAUGAAAUUACUCCAACUUAUCGGGUAGAAGUUGCCAUUUUGAUCAAACACCAAAAUUUUUCUACUAAUUUACAAGGAAAUGUUUAGCAGUUUGAGGGGAUAAUUAAUCAGAUCUUGGGAAUUAAAUAGUUAACAUAUUGUAAUUUUGAGUACAGUGCCAUGCUAUGUGCAGUCUUCAACACUUUGCAAGCUCCAAGAUAAAUACUGAUAAGUGUGUCAGCCAUUAACCCUUUGACCCUUAAGAGUGACUAGCAUCUAUUUUCUCCUUUCAAUAUCACCCCUGAAUCACUCAUUAAGGUCAUGAGAAUGAAGAAAAAGAUCACCAAAUUAACAAGCUCUUGAUUGUUAAACAAAUUCUCCUAGUCAGUACCUUAGGAAAUCCAUGAAUAACAGUAUGGAGAAUAUGCAUACUGAUGUUAGGGUGUCAAGGGUUGAUGUAAGACAUGAAAAAAUGUGUUCAGGUAGCUUCCUCAUCCUUGGUAGAAGUAUUAUACCUUUUUUAGUUUCCUUAAGAGGUAUAUUGGAAAACUCCUCCUUCUGAUACCAAAAUGUCGGAGUAAAACCAAAACAGUGUCUUUAUUCUAACAAAACAAAUAAAAGACAUUCAACUCA